UUCCCCAUUUGGCUUCCUAGCACAGACCUCUGCCCUUUCAUCUCUGAGAAGGGAACCUUCCUAGUUUCCUUCACCCCUAUGGAAGAAGUGUCUUCCACGCUCUUAAAGUAGCGAAUAGCGCUUCUUCUUCUUCCUUCUUUUUUUUUUUCCAUCUCUCACCUACCAUAUUAAACUCUCUCUCUCUCUCUGUUUUAUUUAAUUUUUGGAUUUUUUUUUAUAAGGAACUCUUUCUUCUCUUUCAGAGUGUUGUACAAAAAAAAAAAAAAAAGUUUCGGAUUAGUUGUAAAAAGAAAAAAGAGUUGGAAGCCCCGAGGCCACAAAUUAAGCAAAUUGAACUUGUCUGGUUUGGGUUAGGUGGCAACAGCAAGAGAGAGAAAAGAUCGAUCGAUCAAGAAUUGAGAAAAACAAAAGAAAUGGAUGACAUGCUAUGCGAUGAGCUGCUUCAAGAAAUAUUUACAAGAAUACCGAAAUCAUUACCACCACCACCGUCAUCAGCUUCAGCAGCAUCGGUAUCCUUGGUCUCUAAGCGGUGGCUCCACCUCUACCGGACCUCAAAAACCUCUCUUUCUCUCAGACUUAACCCUGAUGAUUCCACAAUUUCCUCUCUGACUUCUGUCCUCUCUCACUACCCUUUUCUCUCUUCUCUAUCUCUCUUCCUUCUCUCCUCUGACCCCACAGUACCUGCUACCAUAACUUCCCCUCCAGCUUUCUAUGAUCGUCUUCUCUUUAUAGUCUCCGCUUUUUGCUCCAGUCUUAAACACCUCAGGUUCUUGGCUGGUCCUGUCUCACAAUCUUCUCUCUUCUCUCUCUCUAAUUCUUGCACCUUUUUGAACUCUCUCACUAUCUCUCUCUAUAGGCCUCUCUAUUUUAACUGGGUUGUUUCCUUUUCUUGCUUAAAGGAGCUGUCCGUCUAUGUAUCUGGCUUUUAUGGAGUUGAUGAUUGCAAUAGAGAAUCUGGCUUCUGUAUAAAUGAAGAGCUUGACGCUGAAUUGGGCUUAGAGAGUCUUUUUUUGUCGGGGAUUGGAGGAGAAGAUUAUGGUGUUGGUUGGUUGUGGAGGAGCAGCAAAAGGCUCAAGAAAUUGAAGCUAAAGAGCUGCGAAGGUAUUGGUGAUGGAGGGUCCUUUUUGUCAUUUGCUAAGUGCUUGAAGGGUCUCCAAGAAGUGGAGAUAAGGGCUUGUCGGAGUAUAGUUAAUGGGGUUUUGUUAAAAUUGGCAGAGAAUUGUGAUUCCUUGUAUUCUCUAUUGGUUUAUGAUGGUGGUAAUAGAGAGGGCUUACAUCACUUCAUUAGCAGCUGCAGGUGUGAUUUGCAAAAACUCGAUUUCCGAUUACCUUUGGACCUGAGGAAUGAUCAUCUCUCAGCUAUCGGACUGAAUUUUAGGGGUCUCUCAACUCUUAGGCUCCAAAGUUGUUGUCUGGUGAGUGGUGAAGGGCUCAAGGCUCUUGGGAUAGCAUUGAAUUCAGGCCUUGAAGAACUGGCAUUGAUUAACUGUGAUGUUGUUGAAAGGGAAUCCGGAUUGCUUGCCACAUUAGGACAGCAUACAAGGCAAUUAAAGAAACUGGACUUGUCUUAUAAUGAGUUUUUGCUCGAUAAGGAGUUCAUCUCCAUGCUAGUUUCUUGUAAUUGUUUGAUUGAAUUGAAUUUAAGGCGGUGUGCAGGACUUACCACGGUGUCGAUGGUUUCUAUGUUUAAGAACUGCAGGAAAUUGCAGAGUGUUGAUAUCAUGCAUUGUGAUGGGAUUGGAGCUGAGGCUGUUGAGUUAUUUGUCCUCAAUUCACCACAAUUGAGAGGUCUUCAAGUGGAGGAAAACAAGGUUUCAGAUGUUGCAAGGUCAUGGGCAUCGCAUAAACUCAUUCAGAUUGUUUCUUAAUUUACCACCAUCAAACAACAAGUUAAUUUAAGCUCCAAGAAAUCCUGGUGUAUUAUGUAUGUAUGUAUGCGCACAAGAGCUGGUUUUGCUCUAUGAAUAAUGAUUAAGAAGCUUGUACAUUUAUAUUUCAUGGCUUCAUAACAUGUAUAGCGGCAAUGAUUCAAUAAACCUUGUCUCUGGCAUUUACCAUUA